UCGCCAUAUUGAGUACUACAGCAUGACGGAUUUUAAGGUUGGUUCCCAGUCUACUGGUAGUUUUGAAAGUACAGGAAGUUCUGCAUUUGCGGAUGCACUUCAGAGAGCUCGCCAAAUAGCAGCAAAGUUUACUCCCAGUGGUGGAGAUAAUAACAGUGCUGCUACUGGAACCAAGCGUCCUUUAGAAAACAAUAUGGACCCUGUUACAGAUGGUGCACCUGAUCCGAAAAAGCCUGCUGCUGUGAAUGAUCCAUUUGGUGCUCAAUUAGCAGCAAUGAAACAGCAGAUUAGUAACACUGCAUCAUCAGAUUCAACCACAAUUAUGAAUGAAGAAUACAAAGUUCCAGAUAGAUUAGUCGGUUUAAUUAUUGGACGAGGUGGAGAGCAGAUCAUGAGGUUGCAAGCUGAAUCAGGUUGUAAAAUUCAAUUAUCUUCAGAGAGUGAAGGAAAGUUGGAGAGGACUUGUGUAUUGACUGGCACUAAACAAGCUGUAGAAAAAGUUAAAGAAAUGUUAGACCAAAUUCUCAAAAGAGUAGAUAUCCAAGGACAACCAGAUGAAGGACAGAUAGUAGUAGAUAUGAUGAUCCCAGGAAACAAAGUUGGCUUAGUUAUUGGCAAAGGUGGAGAAACUAUUAGACAGUUACAGGAACAAACUGGAGCUAAAAUGAUUAUGAUUCAAGAUGGACCUCAACAAACAAUUCAUGACAAACCACUUAGGAUCACAGGAUCACCAUCUCAGUGUGAGUUUGCCAAACAACAAGUAAUGCAGUUGAUAGCAGGGAAAGAUCAAGAUGUCAGUACUCCACGGAAUGGAGAUUACCAAUAUGGAUCAGGUGCUCAAGAGCAAGUUAUGGUGCCUAAACAAGCUGUUGGAGUUGUAAUUGGGAAGAGUGGAGAAACUAUAAAGAGAAUCCAACAGGACUCUGGAGGAGCAAAGAUACAAUUUCACUUGGCAAAGGAAGAUACUCCAGGAGAGAAGUUGUGUAUGGUCACUGGAAACCCUGAGCAGGUUCAGAAGGCUGUGGAAAUCAUUCAUGAAUUGAUACAUAGUGUGAUGGUGAGAGACCAACAAUUCAUGGGAAGAGGUCGUGGACGGGGUCGUGGGUUUGAUGGUCCAGGAGGUGGUCCUAGGUUUGGACCUCCAGGUGGCCCUGGUAUGGGACGUGGAAGACCAGAUGGAGAUUUUCAGGAAGUUCAAUAUACAGUUCCAGCAAAUAAAUGUGGUCUUGUUAUAGGCAAAGGUGGGGAGACAAUUCGAAACAUCAGCCAGCAGUCUGGUGCUCAUGUGGAAUUAUCAAGAGCACCUCAACCUAAUAUUCACGAGAAAGUUUUUAUCAUUAGAGGAGCUGCACCACAGAUUGAGCAAGCUCAGCAUCUGAUCAAUGAAAAGAUUGACAUGCGUCCUUCACCUGGACAGAAUGGACCACCUCCAUAUCCUUCUUCACAAUAUCCCCAGCCAUAUCAGCAAAACCAACAGUCCUCCCAGCCAUAUGCUCCACAAGGAUGGGGUAAUUCUUACCAACAGUGGCAAAAUCAGCCUAAUGAUCCAAAUAAAGAUGCUAAUGCUGCUGCUUGGGCUGCUUAUUAUGCCCAAUACUACAACCAACAGGCACAACAUCAAACCCAGCAGCCAACACAAGCUCAGCAGCCAAAUCAGCAGAGUACUCAGCCACAUCAAACUACACAUACUAUAACAGCUGCAGGUGGCCAAGCAGACUACAGUGCUGCAUGGAUAGAGUAUUAUCGCUCAUUGGGUAUGCAUCGAGAAGCUGAUAUGAUAGAGCAACAGACAAGAGGAAAUCAACAGGUUAUCCAGCAGUAUGGACAAGAAACUUCUGAGCAGUAUGGCCAGCAGCCUCAACCAACAGCAGCUACACAUCAAGGUCAAGGACAAGUACCUGCAACACAGGCUUCUCAGAACCAUCCUACUGGUGUAACAACUCCAUCCACUGAACAACAGUGGCAAUAUUCACAACAGGCUCCUUACAAUCAGCAACCUAACCAGUAUCAAGGCUAUGGAUACAGUCAGCAAUAACUUUGUAAAAAGAUGGAGUUGGUUGCUGAUGACAUGGUUGAAAUUUGUCUUCAGAUGGUGAUGUCUCCAUAUGAAAGUUCCAGAAAUUUCUAAUUGUGCAGAUAGUAAAUUUUAUGUAUUCAGACAGGUAAAACUGUGUUUUUUGAGUUAAUCCAUAUAUCAUAAACUUCAUUACCAGUCAUUACUUUCAAAACUUGUGUUCUGUUGUGUAUUGUAUAUUUAAUGUGCUCUCACUUCAGUCUGAUAUUUUUCACGUGUACAAAAGUGAACCACUGAUUGACUUUUAGAAUAAUGAUCAAUUAAUGACCUAAAUUUUUAUCUUAUAACAGUGGCUUUUUUCCUUUGAAAAUGAACACAUUUUAAACUUUGCACCAUUAGAAAGAAGAAAACAUAGCUUUACAUAUUUUUCUUGUUAGUGCAUUUGUUAGUGUUAGUGUAAAAUUAAAAAUAAUAUGUACGAUCUUUUAAAUAUUAUAUAAAAACUUUGGGGGGCAUGUUUAUUGUAAAAGUAAUGCUAGAUAUCCAUCAUCAAAGAUAUAAUCACACAAUUAACAUUGGCAAUGUGAACAAGAAAGCUACUUAGCUUAGACAUUUACAGAAGACACUGUAAAAAGGUUCCAGAAUGGUUUAUAAUUUUUCUUCAAGUUAAAUUAUGGAUGUGAGUGUAAAUCUUUACAGUUGUUUAAUGGAUAAACAAAAGAAAAAACUGGUCAUUUCUUUCACAUUAUAAGUAAGAUAUUUUGUAGCUGAUGGUCAGGUAACCCUGGCUUCAUUUUCAUGGUAGGAGCUUCAUAUUCAUUUGCCACUGCCAUAUAUAAAUCAACACUAUACAUUUAUUACCCUUUAAAGUAUGAAGUGUCAGGUUUGAAAUGGAGUGAGAGCCUUUACCACCAGCACAAACAUCUUCACCAGCUUUUGUACCAUUUUCAUUUAAUAAACUUGUGGAGCUUCA